AUGGCUGUGCUCGGCCCCGCGCGGAGGCCAGCGUCCUCGUCGCCUCGGGUGGGCUUGUUGUGCCUCCUAACCCUCGGCUGCCUCCUCCUCGCCGCGUCCGCGGCUCGCAACGAGACGCACGAGGAGCCGCGUCACCAGCCCAACUCCACGGACCACAGGAAGGCUUUCCCCGUCCUCGCCCUCAACUACGAGCACGUCAGGAAGCCCUUUGAGAUCUCUCUAUGGAUCCUCCUGGCCCUGCUCAUGAAACUGGGUGAAGCUGUUUGGAAGCUCGUCCAAACUCUGGUUCGAGUAAAAGUGUGGGUCUGUAACUUUUUGAGGGCGUGGCAUGAAGAGCAGUGCAUUGUGGGUAUAGGGUUCCACAUCAUUCCCAGAGUGUCCCAUGUGGUCCCAGAGAGCUGUCUGCUGAUCUUCGUCGGCCUGCUGGUCGGCGGCAUUAUCGAAGCCAUGGAGGAGAAGGCGCCCGUCCUGGACUCCAAGCUCUUCUUCCUCUACCUGCUGCCGCCCAUCAUCCUGGACGCCGGCUACUUCCUGCCCAUCCGGUCCUUCACAGAGAACCUGGGCACCAUCCUGACGUUCGCGGUGGUGGGCACGCUGUGGAACGCCUUCUUCAUCGGCGGGAUGAUGUUCGCUGUGUGCCAGAUAGAAGCGGCCCAGGUGGGCCACGUGGGGCUGCUGUCCUGCCUGCUGUUCGGCUCCAUCGUGUCGGCCGUGGACCCCGUGGCCGUGCUGGCCGUGUUCGAGGAGAUCCACAUCAACGAGCUGCUGCACAUCCUGGUGUUCGGCGAGUCGCUGCUCAACGACGCCGUCACCGUGGUUCUGUAUCACCUGUUUGAGGAGUUCUCCCACGCUGGGACGGUGACUGUGGGCGAUGCCCUUCUUGGCGUGGUCUCCUUCUUUGUGGUUUCACUGGGAGGCAUCACGGCAGGCGUCAUCUAUGGCGUCCUGGGGGCCUUCACCUCCCGCUUCACCUCCCACACGCGUGUCAUCGAGCCCCUGUUUGUCUUCCUCUACAGCUACAUGGCCUACCUCUCAGCGGAGGUCUUCCAUCUGUCGGGGAUCAUGUCUUUGAUUGCCUGUGGUGUGGUUAUGCGGCCGUAUGUGGAGGCCAACAUCUCCCACAAGUCUUACACCACCGUCAAGUACUUCCUGAAGAUGUGGAGCAGCGUGAGCGAGACGCUCAUCUUCAUCUUCCUCGGGGUGUCCACAGUGAAGGGUCCCCACAACUGGAACUGGAUUUUUGUAACCUUCACGCUUGUCCUGUGUCUGGUGUCCAGAGUUUUGGGAGUCAUUGGUCUCACAUUCAUCAUCAACAAAUUCCGCAUUGUGAAGCUGACCAAGAAGGACCAGUUCAUUGUGGCCUACGGCGGCCUGCGAGGCGCCAUUGCCUUCUCGCUGGGAUUCCUGCUGACCGAAAACGAGACAAAGCACAUGUUCCUCACAGCCAUCAUCACCGUCAUCUUCUUCACAGUCUUUGUGCAGGGAAUGACCAUCAGGCCUCUGGUGGAGCUCCUGGCUGUGAAGAAGAAGAAGGAAAGCAAAGGGUCGAUUAACGAGGAGAUUCACACGCAGUUCCUGGACCAUCUGCUCACAGGAAUUGAAGGUAUUUGUGGUCAUUAUGGACAUCAUCACUGGAAGGACAAGCUGAAUCGUUUCAAUAAGGCCUAUGUGAAACGGUGGCUAAUCGCCGGCGAGCGCUCCACCGAGCCCCAGCUCAUCUCCUUCUACAACAAGAUGGAGAUGAAACAGGCCAUGAUGCUGGUGGAGAGCGGCAGCGCCGGCAAGCUGCUGCCGUCCGGCUCCUCGGCCUCUCUGCAAAACCUCCAGCAGAGGGAACCCGCCCGGCGCCGAGCCAUCCCCAACAUCUCAAGGAGCCGGGAGGCGGAAAUCCGAAAGGUCCUGCGGGCCAACCUGCAGAAGACCCGGCAGAGGGACAACAUGAGCGAGGUCCGCUUCAGGAAGCAGAGGGUGGAGAUGGAGCGGAGGAUGAGUCACUACCUCACGGUCCCAGCUAACCGCCAGCAGACUCCACCAGCGAGGAAAGUCUGGUUUGAACCAGAGCACAAAGUUUACACCUAUGACGACAGCGAGGGCCUCGCAGGCCAGGCCGCCCUUCCUGACCCCGGCCCUCCUGACGACGUCGGCCUGGUGAUGGAGACCCGUCGAACGGGCGCCACGGCGAGGCCCAGAGAGCCCGAUGACCAGGAGGACCAGCUGAAACUGGCCCGCUGCCUCAGCGACCCCGGCCCCAACUGA